CACACUCCAAAGAUGAGUCAAGGACCUACCCUCUUCUCUUGUGGCGUGAUGGAAAAUGACAGAUGGAGAGAUCUCAGCAGUAAAUGUCCUCUCCAGCUCGAGCAGCCGGGCGCCAGCAUCUGGGACUGUUUGUCGGACAAGGGCGAGGAGGGCUCGCGCUGGCCCAGGGAGGCGGCCAGCACCUGCUCCGUCACCAACCUGAUCAAAGACCUCAGCCUCAGCGACCCCCAUGGCAACCCUGCCGCCCCCCCCAGCAAGCGCCAGCAGUGCCGCUCGCUCUCCUUUUCGGAUGAGAUGUCAAGCUGCGGGACCUCCUGGAGACCCUUGGGCUCGAAGGUUUGGACGCCGGUGGAGAAACGGCGGUGUUACAGCGGGGGAAGCGUGCAGCGCUACUCCAACGGCUUCGCCACCAUGCAGAGGAGCUCCAGCUUCAGCCUGCCAUCGCGGUCCAACCCGCUCUGCUGCGAGCAUCCCCGGCUGGGAUGGCAGCCGAGGAAAUCGGGCGCUGGUGGGCAGGGAGGAGAGCGAGUGGACAUGCAGAGGUCUCUGUCCUGUUCGCACGACCGCUUCUCCUCGUCGGAGCAUUGCCCGCCCUCGUCAAGCAGCACCCCUGCCUCUACGCCGGAGCUGGGGCGCCGGGCCGGGGGGCUCUCCCGAAGCCGCUCGCAGCCCUGCGUCCUCAAUGACAAAAAGGUGGGGGUGAAGCGGCGGAGACCAGAGGAGGUUCAGGAGCAACGGCCCUCGCUGGACCUUGCCAAGAUGACCCAG